CACAACAGGAAAUCUCUCUCGUGGAACACGCUUCGCGCUCGCAAGCGUGCAGAGAAGGACAGUGCACCCCUCAAAAGUGACAUAAAAGUUGAGAAUGGACUGCGUAAGGCAAAGGAAAUUCUCAGCAGCAAGGUCACUGAGAAAGCGUCCCGCAGCUCAGACGAGUCCGAUUGUGAGGAUGAUCUAGACCCCAAAACUAGUAUGGAGUUGUUGAACCCUAAUUUCAUCCAAGAGGUGUCUCCAGAGUUCCUGACGCCUCUUGCGGACGUGACGUGUGCUCUGGGGGAGACGGUGGUUCUGGGUUGUAAAGUGUGCGCUCGACCCAAGCCCACGAUCACCCUGAAAGGACCCGAUCAGAGUCCGCUGGUCAACAAUAACCGAUUCACUAUCAACAUCAGGGAUACGGGUGAUAUAGUGUUGAAGAUCUGUAAUCUGAUGCCGCAGGACACUGGCAUCUACACGUGUGUGGCCGUGAAUGAUCAUGGCACAGCUUCCUCGUCUGCAUCUAUUAAAGUACAAGGUAUCCCAGCAGCCCCUGCUCGACCUGUGGCUCAGGAGGCCAGCAGCACUGCGGUGAUCGUCCACUGGCUUCCUCCAGUCAGCUCCGGGAACUCCACCAUCUCCAGCUACACUGUGGAGUACAGGCAGGAAGACUCUCUGGUGUGGCAGAAGUCGGUGGUCUCCACUGCAGAUGUGUGUGUGAAGAUUGAGAAUCUGAUUCCCGGUGGGCACUAUCAGUUCAGAGUCAGUGCCAGUAACCCCUGGGGCAUCAGCCCACCCAGUGAACCCUCAAACAUGGUGACUUUACCCAGCACAGCCUCAACAUAUGACGGCACUGGAAUCCAGUGGAAAGACAACUUUGAAUCUGCGUUCACAGAAUUAUGUGAAAUUGGACGGGGUCGUUUCUCAGUGGUGAGGAAGUGUCUCAGCAAGGCCAGUAAGAAGGAGGUUGCUGUGAAAUGUGUCAAUAAGAAGAUGCAGAAGAAAGAGCAGGUUGCCCAUGAGGCCGAUAUUCUGCGUCAUGUCCAGCAUCCCCAGCUGGUGGCGCUGAUUGACACCUAUGAGUCGCCCACGGCCUACAUGCUGGUUCUUGAGCUUGUUGAAGAUGGACGUCUGCUGGACUAUCUAGUGGCUCACGAUGAGCUGAUGGAGGAGAAGGUGGCGUUCUUCAUUAAAGACACACUGGAAGCUCUGCAGCACCUGCACACAUGCAGAGUAGCUCACCUGGACCUCAAGCCUGAAAAUCUGUUGGUGGACCUCCACGUGCCGGUGCCAUGUGUGAAGCUCUCGGAUCUGGGCGACGCAGUUCAGGUUUCGGGUCACCGCUACGUGCAUCUCCUUUUGGGGAACCCUGAGUUUGCCGCUCCAGAGCUCAUCCAGGGCACCCCGGUGUCCCUGUCUACAGAUGUGUGGAGUGUAGGGGUGUUGGCCUACGUCCUGCUCAGUGGAGUCUCCCCGUUCCUGGACGAAAGUCUGGAGGAGACCUGCGUCAACAUCUGCAAGCUGGACUUCUGCUUCCCCGAAGAGUACUUCUGCGGCGUCAGCCAAGCCGCCAAAGACUUCAUCGUGUCCACACUCAACCAGGACCCCAGAAAGAGGCCGAGCUCCGCCUCGUGCCUCCAGCACCCGUGGGUCAGCGCUCAUAGUGGAGAUUACUCCAAAACACCACUGGACACCGUCAGACUCGCUGCGUUUAUCGACAGACGCAAACAGCUGCAUGGAGUCAGACCUGUGACAAACGUUAAAGGACUGGUCAGCAGCAGUAUGGGACACACCUUAUGAGACGAUGGGUUGAAGUAGAGUUCAACAUCAAAUAUCAUUUACAUUAUAUCAUAUCAUUUGGAAUGUGCACUUACUGUACACAGUGUUUCUUGCAGAGAUAACCGGCCUGCUCUGAUGACUUGUGACUCCGGGAGAUCAACACUUUUGAGACCAUUAGUGAUUAAUAGAUUGAGAAACUGCAAGGACACUGGAAUUGUGGGAACUGCAGAGUUAGGAGUAGUGACAUCAUUGAGUGUCAUUUGUGUGGGAGUAUCUUAGUGGUGAUAUGUGAGAGUAUUAAACAGACCAGUAGUUGGGUAUUGUUUUAUGUUAAGUUGUAUUGAGAGGAACCCGCACGCAAUUUGGUAAAGGCUGCGAUUUUAUGUGCAGCUUGUCAGUGAAGCACGGCUGAUUGGUAGUAAAUACCGCUCUGUCUGAACACCAGAGGGCGUCUCAGACAGACACACACACACCACAUAUCCAUCUGAACACCAGAGGGCGUCUCACACACACCACAUAUCUUAUGGGAAAUACUUAUGGGCAUCAUACUAUCGAUAGCUGAAUAAACAGAAGAUUGCAAAUGCAAUUUUUUUGCACAUUUUUCAAAUGCACGUUAUUAGCGACUCAAACUCACAGUGCUUUCAGAUGGAGGAGUGUUUACUACUGACCACAGAGCCGAGCUGCACAUAAAAAUAUAAUCACAGCCUUUGCGAUCGCAUAAUCGUAAUAAUCCAAAUCGAGCGAUUUCCAUGUUAAUUGCGAUUAAUCGUGUGCCACUAGUUUACAGGAAAAGUUCAACCAAAAAUGAGAAUUCUGUCAUCAUUUACUUGUGUCGUUCCAGACCUGUGAGAUGUAAUUAAAAAAAAAAGGAUGUUUUGACGAAUGUUUCUGCUAAGUAAAUGAAAAAAAAACUAAUUUUUGUUCACAUGUUUGAAUAUGGCACAUCAGGUUUGACCUCUAUGAGCCCGUUCACGUGUGGUCACGUGUUUUUACUGAUCUGAUUUGUUCAAACGGUUCCUUUUACGCUUGGCCGCAUAAAUGUGUCUUCACAAAACCAAUAUAAACCCGAUCUUCAAUUUCCGCUCUAGACCGUAUUUUAUUUAUCAGGAGAUUUCAAGAUUAAUGACUGCAAUAGGAUGCACAAAAUGCACAAAUAUGUAAUGCUAUUGAUAAACACAAAUCUUCCAGCAAGCAAUAUAGUUCUUUAGAAGCUGAAUUUUUGGCAAGCAACAGACACAGUGGCACAGUAAAACUGAUGUAAUGUGGUCACAGGUGUAUGUUUGUAGAGUAAUUUACAAUGGCUUCAAACUCGGCUCAACCAAUCAUUAUCAAUGACCGGAACUAUCUGUUUUAUGAAUAUGACUUAAGAGCUUCAUUUGGAAGAUUUUUAGCGAAGAACGACAGAACGGUCUUCAAUUGUAUGAUACUUUUACCUCAUAUUUGGAGCUUAAUAUGCAUCAGUACUUCUUAAAUUCAAAUAUUGGUUUGGAGAGACAUGUGGGUAAAUAAACGAUGACAGAAUGUGAUAGAAUGUGAUUGGGUGUGAAGAGAAAUGUAGUUGUCCAUCUUGCAGCAGAUAUAUUUUUCAUGGAUUCAUUAAGAUGAAUGAAAGAAUGUAGAAUAUUUGACAGGUUAUUGUACAAAUGCAUGCAUGUAGAAAUAACAGAACAUCCACCAGUUAAAAUGUAAUAUAUUCAGUUUUCAUAGUAUGGGGUCAUGAGUGUCAUCAUUGAUGUCAUCUAGCUUAAUGAGGGAGAUUUUGAAUGUCUUAAAAUAGAAAAAAAUAUGAAUUGAACAAAUUCAUAUUCAAAAAGUAUUGUCAUUUCAGUUAUUAAACCUCAGCACUUAUUUACACCGCCAUUCAAGAUUUGGGGUUGAUGAGAUUUUUAUUGUUUUUGAAAGAAGUCUCUUUUGCUCACCAAGUUUGCAUUUCUUUGAUCAGUACUAUUGUGAAAUAUUAAUACAGUUCAAAAUAUUUUUUUUAAUAUAUCAUAAAAUGUAAUACAGUCCUUUGAUGCAAAGCUGAGUUUUCAGCACCAUCAAUCCAGUGUCCCACAACACUGAUUUAGUGCUCAAGAAACAUUUUUUUUUAUUAUUAUCAAUGUAGAUUUUUUUUUUUUUUUACAGGAUUA